ACUGUGGAGUAAGCAUGAAAAACAGACUAAAACAAGAAACCCUUUUGAAUCAAAUUAUACACUUAAAUAUUUACUAUAAUAGUCCUUCCUAUUUGCAUUCUCGCUAAUCUCUUGUUUCUUUCUAAAAAGUUUUGAUUUUUAUGAAGAAAUUAGACUCCUCACAGAGAGAAUUCUAAAGUUGAAGAUAUCUAAUCCCUUUCUUACAGUUCUGGUACAGAACAGAUUGUUCAAGGCGUAAGUUUGUAUCUUCUUCAUAUCACCAAAAGGAUGGGAGAACACUUUGUGUUUCUGGUUGAUCGUUUGCUGACUGAAUCAACUUUGGAGGCUGCAAUAGAGAGCAGGAAUCAGAAUCUAUUAGCAUCAUGGACAACUGAUGAUCCGACAGGUGAUUGCGCCUCCCAAAGUGCUGAUGCUGUUUUAACUCCAAGAAAAAUGGUGGAAUGCAGGAUAUGCCAAGAUGAUGAUAUGGAAUCAAAUAUGGAGGCUCCAUGCUCUUGCUGUGGUAGCUUGAAGUAUGCACAUCGUAGAUGCGUGCAAAGAUGGUGUAAUGAGAAGGGUGAUACCAUUUGCGAGAUCUGCCACCAGCCUUUCAGGCCAGGUUACACAGCACCGCCCUCUAUUUUUCGACUUGGUGGUAUUCCAAUGAACUUGAGGGGGAAUUGGCGAAUUGUCAGAAGGAACUUGAAUAAUCAACGUGUGAUAGCUGUGGUUUCAACUGAUCACAAUCUCAUUAACUCUGAUGAAGAUGAAGUUUCUACAUCCAGAAUCAUGAUGUGUUGUCGUGUAUUUGCCAUAAUAUUUAUGCUGCUUCUAGUUGUAAGUCAUGCCCUUCCCGUCAUAGUUGAUCAAGCAGGGGACUACUCAUUUCCAUUGGUUAUGCUGCUGCUACUUAGAGUUAUGGGCAUUGUUCUUCCUGUCUACGUCAUAAUGAAAGCAGUGAUCUCAUGCCACCACCGGCAACACCAACAGGCUACUUUGCCCAACUCUUCGUCCCGUGAAGAAGCUGGCCUGGUGACUCUGCAGCAGGAACCUCCCAUAAUUGCUAUCCAAUGAAUAUUUUCGUUGUUGAAUGAAAAAAAAAGGUUUUUUCUUCAAGAUAGAAGAUUUACAUCGGACAGCGGUGUCUGUAGUGAAGGCUGAAGAGAUCAGUGAGAAAUUCAAAAUAGAAGCAUAAAAGUAAAAAAGAAAGAACUCAAAAGAAGACCAAGAUAUCCAAUUUACAACUAGAUAUGUCUGAAGGUGUGAAUUAGUCAGAAAAAUCUUUGUAUAGUUAAUAUGUAUAUGAACACUUUGAAAGAAUAUAAAACUAGCAAAAAAAAGGUUCUCAUCUGUAGUAUUACUAGUUAUACCACUUGAGAUUUCAUGCAAAAAAUAUUCAGAUUGCUAUAUUAACUGUUAAUUAUCAUAAA